AUGAGCAAAAGAAAAUCAACAACAAAUGCAUCUACAAUUCCAAAACGUAAAGUAGAUCGUCGACGUAUCAGUCUCCAACGAAUGCAAAAUGUUCUUCUAAUCUGGUUAGACAAGAAUAUUGACAAGAACAACGACGAUUGUCAAAAUACAAUCAUACAAUUACGAUCUGCUGUGAACGAUAUCAACACAUUCAUAGAUGCUGAUCAAUGUUUCGAAUUUAUUCAAAAAGUUGUCGAUAACAAGGUAUGCAUGAUUGUAUCUGACUCACUUGGACAACAAGUUGUACCUCGUGUACACAAUAUGUCUCAAGUUGAUUCAAUAUUUAUUUUUUGUGUCGAUAAAAAAUAUCAUGAACAAUGGGCUGAAGAUUGGCCCAAAAUAAAGGGUGUCUUCAUAGAUAUUACACUCAUCUGUGAAGCACUUAAGGAAGCUGCUCAUCAAUGUGAGCAAAAUGCUAUGCCCAUGAGUUUUGUGGGAACAAAUAAAAAGUUGGAUCAAUUAGAUCCUUCUUUUAUGUACACUCAGAUCCUCAAGGAGAUUAUAUUAACCAUCAAAUUCGAACAAAACCACAUCCAAGAUUAUUUUGAUUACUGUCAUCAAACUUUUGAAGGUAAUAAAACACAAAUUGAACACAUUAAACGAUUGCAAGAUGAAUAUCACAACAAACCACCCAUUUAUUGGUACACCUGUGACAUGUUCCUGUAUCCCAUGCUCAAUCGUGCAUUACGAUUGAUGAAUGGUGAUAUCAUUACACGUAUGGGUUUCUUCAUUGGUGAUUUGCAUCGACAGAUUGAAGAACUGCACAAGGAACAAUAUGCUGGUGCAACUGCUGCUAACACCUUUACUGUUUACCGUGGUCAAGGUUUAUCUACAAGGGAUUUUGAAAAAAUGAGCAAAACUAAAGGUGGUCUUAUUUCAUUCAAUAAUUUCUUAUCUGCAAGUAAAGAUCGUAAAGUAUCCGAUGCUUUUGCGGAAAGCAAUCAGGAUAAUCCGGAUUUAGUUGGAAUACUUUUCGUUAUGGAAGUUGAUCCAUCUCGAUCAACAUCGCCAUUUGCUUCAAUUGUUGGAAUCAGCAACUUCCAAGGAGAAGAGGAAGUCUUAUUUUCGAUGCAUAGCGUUUUUCGUAUACAGGAUAUUAAACAGAUUGGUAGAAAUAAUCGUUUACAUGAAGUUCAUUUGGUACUGACUGCUGAUAACGAUCCAGAACUAAGCAGACUUACAGAUUAUAUUCGAAAAGAGAGCCGUCCAGACGCGGAAGGAUGGUACAGAUUGGGUUCGGUAUUACGGAAAAUGGGUCAAGCUGGCAAAGCUGAAGACAUUUGUCAAGUUUUACUUGAUCAAAUCACGGAUGAUAAAGACAAGGCAUCUGUUUAUGUUCAACUUGGUUCGAUAAAGACGGCUCAAGGGAAAUAUCAAGAAGCACUUACAUUCUAUGAACAAUCCCGUGCUGUCUAUCAAAAAACUCUUUCUCCCAAUCAUUUAGAUUUGGCUAAUCCCUACAACAGCAUUGGUAAUGUGCAUUACAGCAUGGGUAAUUAUCCAAAAGCACUUUCUUAUUAUGAAAAAGCCCUCGAAAUCAAACAACAAUCACUUCCUCCCAAUCAUCCUGAUUUGGCUUCUUCCUAUAACAACAUUGGUGUAGUGCAUGACAACAUGGGUAAUUAUCCGAAAGCACUUUUAGCUCAUGAAAAAGCCCUUGAAAUUCAACAACAAUCACUUCCUCUCAAUCAUCUUGAUUUGGCUGCUUCCUAA